AUGUCUGUACGCCCUGAAAAAACACUUCCUUGUGCUGAGUCUCCACGAUGUCUUUUGUCCAUCUCGUCGCUUCGACAAGGUGACAUAAUCCAAUUGGACUCGCCUGAAUCCCUCACCGUCCAAGAGACCGCCCUCCUGGCCGCACAAAAUCCCGUUCCGGGUGGCUUGGCUUCCUCGUCGAUCAGCGAAGAGUCGGGCCUGGCAAGCUGUGUGGCCGAGGCCAGAUCACGAAGUCCGGCCGAACUGUCGCGUCUCAGCCUCUCCAAUUGCGCCAUGCCGGCCUACCCUUUCAGUCUAGCAAUGGCACCGUCCCGGACAAACACGAUGUGCAGCGGUUCUUUGGCCGCUGGUCCUGCGCCCACCUUCUCCCGACUCUUCAUGUCUAGUCAGCAUCAGCAGCAGCAGCAGCAGCAGCAUUCUGUCUGCAUGCCGGUCUCCGUCAUUGGCAGCCUGAACACGGCAGCUCUCCUCGUCACCAAAGACGCCCUGGACGCCGAACGCGCCGUCUCUCAGUCUCUGCAGGCAGCGGCUGAGGAGCUGCGCUACGGCCUGCAGGCCGUUGCCGCCAGCUGCGGUGAACAUGUCAGUCAGGUACCGAUAGCCGUGGUCGUGGAGACGACGCCCGGGCUGUCGGGGCUUCAGGGCUUCCGGUGCUUCGAGGAGACGGCCGGUCGAGACGCGGAGCCGGUCGGCCCGACACCGGUUGAUGAGUUCAUCGCGGAGAAGCGUCAGCUGCUGACGGAUCGGGAGACCGGCUUCUGGACGGUGGCGAACCACCAGCAGCGGAGAACUCGUUUGUCUCACCAGGUCUGGCAGGACCUGGGCUCGGGGAAUCUGACCGCGGUAGGGGAGCUUCCGAUGCGGCAGACGAGGCGGCAGCGAGAAAGUGAAGAAGAGGAUCAAGUCGCAAAUGAGGAGGAAGAGGAAGAAGAGGAGGAGGAGGAGGAGAAGAAGGGGAAGAAGGAAGAGAAGGAGGAGGAGGAGGAGGAGGAGGAUGAAUGCGAAAAUGACAAUGGGGAGAAAAUUCGUCCGGAGCACUGCGUCAGUUUGAUGGACAUCACUCAAGUGAAAGACAUCAUCUCGCCAGUUCUCUUCGCCUCUUGCAGCACCCUCUAUCCCGGACACAACGAGGAGCAGGCCUCGUGUCCCCACGGCAGCCUGCGAGACAGCGAAUUCCGUUUCCUGGGCGUCCGGGAAUCGAACUUGUCAGCCGCUCCAGCCGCUGUGGCUACUGGUCCCAGUGCAACUGCUGCCUUUGCAACGAUGCCUCUUGUCACCAACGUGAUUCCCAUGACGACCAGAGACGAGACUGCCGCCCUGGUGACCGAAAGCGUGCGUCGGCACGCCAAACGUUUCUAUGUGUCUGCGGCCUUUUUUCGGAACGCUUUUCAGGGCAGUCUUCUGCUGAUCCCGCAAUUUCUGCUCUUCAACAUGAGCAACGCACUCCUCUUCUUCGCCACCUCGGUCGUCCACGCCCACCUGAACGCCUACGGCCGGGACAUCGGCUUGACGGACGCGGAAGCGGCCAACCUGGUCCUCUGCGUCGGCCUGGCCCAGCUGGUAGCUCGUCUUGUCUGUGGUCUGUUGGUACAGUUUACGCGCAGCCUGAUUGCGCCCAUCUCCAUUUGCCUGGCUUGCGCCCUUCUCAACGGGUUGGCCACGCUGUUGCUGCCGCUCACUGAGACCUACGCCGGUAUGGUUGUCUACGCGGUGCUGUUCGGCGUCUUCUCGGCCCCCGGAGAGGCGCUCGGCACUCAGAACGUGAUAGACAUUCUUGGUGUGGAGGCGCUAAGCGCUGGAUACGGACAGAUGGUAUUUUUCCAGGCUCUCGGCUACCUUGUCGGGGCGCCGAUUUCAGGUCAGUCUCUGCUCACGCUUAUGUCACAUGCAUUCAUCAUACUUCGUUUAAGGUGA